CCUUGAAUGCGUAGUUCGUGCUGCUAGUCUUGUGGAGCCGAUCGUUUGACAGGGAAGAGGUGACGACGGAGACUUAACAAAAAUACAGUUUCUCUCUCUGCAGAACAUAAUGGCCGCCAUGUUGCUGAGCACAAUGCGGAGCGGCUCUGUCAGUCCUUCCUGGGCGGUGCGGUUGGCGGCACGCUCUCUCAGCACGACGUCCCCUCUGCAGGCACAGGUUCAGACAAAGAGUAAAAAGACCCUGGCCCGGCCCGGUGUGAAGAACAUAGUUCUGGUGGAAGGAGUCCGAACCCCUUUCCUUUUGUCUGGAACCACAUAUGCUGACCUCAUGCCCCAUGACUUGGCCAGAGCAGCUCUGCAGGGUCUGCUGCACAAGACAGGUUUACCCAAAGAUGCUGUAGACUACAUCAUAUAUGGAACAGUCAUUCAGGAGGUCAAAACCAGCAAUAUAGCAAGAGAGGCAGCACUCGGCGCAGGCUUCUCUGACAGGAUCCCAGCUCACACCGUCACCAUGGCCUGCAUCUCCUCCAACGUGGCUAUGACCUCAGCUGUUGGUAUGAUCGCUGCAGGACAGUGUGACUCUGUCGUGGCGGGAGGGGUGGAGUUCAUGUCCGACGUUCCCAUUCGUCACAGCCGUAAGAUGAGGAAGACAAUGCUGUCCCUCAGCAAAGCAAAGACUCUCGGCCAGAGGCUCGGUCUGAUUGGCAGCAUCCGGAUGGCACACUUGUCCCCAGAGCUUCCUGCUGUGGCGGAGUUCUCCACCGCUGAAACGAUGGGCCACAGCGCUGACCGUCUGGCUGCUGCCUUCGGGGUCACCAGACUGGAGCAGGACGAGUUCUCUGUGCGCUCACACACUCUGGCCAAAAAGGCCCAGGACGCAGGGCUGCUGGAGGAUGUCAUCUCCUUCAAAGUGCCAGGUCGUGAUAUUGUUUCCAAGGAUAACGGCAUCCGUGUGUCCUCCAUGGAGCAAAUGGGAAAACUGAAGGCCGCCUUCAUCAAACCUCACGGCACAGUCACUGCUGCUAACUCCUCCUUCCUGGUAC